AUGUCGGAUUCCAAAAUUUCUCCGAAUCUAAGCAAGAGGUUUACAGAUCGUGAUCUUGUCGCGGCCUUCAACAUCUUCUGGAAUGAUACCGCGAAAGCGCAAGCGACGUUUGAGUCACAACAUGAACAUGGCGCAAAGAAAAGGAUGAGAAAUGUCCAAGACUUUGGAGAGACUGCUGCGGACAUGAUGCGACAGCUUGAACCUAUCGUGCAGGUUAUAAAGGACUUUGGAGCUCCUUUCGGUGGUAUGGCAAUCGCACAAACCAAGGCUUCUAUUGAGCGACAAGUUGCCGAAACAUUGCACCAGAUUAGACAUAGGAUUCCAGGAUUUCGGGUGUAUGAACGCAUUUACAAUGAUGAUCAUGAGCUGGAUCAGCAGCUGCAAUCUCAGAUCGUGACCGCGUACGAUACCUUUAUACAAUUUUGUAUAGCAUCGACCAAAUACUAUUCCAGAAGAGGCAUGGGUCGUUGGCUUCGAGCAUUCAUCGGCCCGGCUACUUCUAUAGUCGAACAGGCAUCCAGAGUGCAAAUUUGUAUUGUUGAUGUGCGACAGACGACCGAGGAACUUCUGAACAAGAGUGUAGAUACUAUCAAACAUGAUAACAAAGAGCUUCGGAAGCAGAUUCAACAAUUGCAAGAUAAUCACGACAGCGACCGUCUAAACCACGUCCAAAGCUUUUUGUCUCUUGAGACAUCUUCUCGAGAGCUCGAUUGGGCGACAUUGGAAAAAUAUCAGCGUGAGCUAGACUUACAUUUCGAAGACUGGAUCUAUGUCGAGUUGAUGACGAAGUCUAAACUUGCUGCCUUCGAAAACGACCCUGCAAUACAAGCGUGGCAACAUUCAUGCCACUCCCAAAUGCUACUUUUAGUAGGAUACAACGACAGAUCCUAUUACGACUCGAUUCAAUGCUGGUUGUCUCCGGUCGCACUGCACAUCAUAAGGCACAUUAGAAGCAUCGGCGAAGCAGAUGCAUAUACGUUCCAACUCAUCGGACAACGGGAACCCAGAAGUUUUCAGCACAUUUUAUCGACUAUUAUAUUUCAAUUAUUGAAGCAGAACUACCAGUUACUACGGAAUCAAGAGCAUUACGCUGGACUCUUUGCAGAACUUCAAACGUACCAGAAACUAUUCGAGCUGUCGAGGCAAAGCGGAGAUGGCCAGGAUAAUCACCGCCUUAGGGCUAGUGAAUCUCUCCAGAAAGUCGCAUUCAUGAUCCUGAACCUGUUUUCGCCAGAAAAAACUAUAUGGAUCGUGCUGGAUCGUGUCGAUCGGUGUAGAUCCUAUCCAAGAAGUGCGGACGGAAAGAAAUUGUUGAAGUCUCUGGUGCAAUUGAUGGAAAAGGCUACCGUCAAGGUCCGCGUUCUGGCUGUCAUCAAUGGGUAUGACUGGCCGGUGGAUAAUCAAGUCGAUGAGUUAGGAUGUUCGCAACCCGAGCGCAUAUGUUGUAUGAGAAUAGAGCAAGGCCAACUUGUCGAUCGGACAACAUAA